AUGCAGUCCAUCGGUACCAUCCUGUUGUCGUUGGCGGCUCUCACAGCCGCGGCCCCGGCGGAAAUCCAGUCGCGCGCCGCGUCCAGGGACAACAGCAGCCCGUUCCAGAUCUACGCCUACGGCGCCGGCAUCGGCGGUCUCUCCAUGUUCUCUGCAGGAGGCGACGCUUACUUUGGCGACCACACCAAGUUCAACGACUCUAACGCGGCGCCCGUGAUCUUUACCCCAACUGACGACAACACCUGGCUCGGCGCCCCGAACACCACCGCCCUCAACACCACCACGCCUCCCAGCUGGUCUAACCUCACUUUCUCUGUGCCCACAGACGGCUCCUCGGACCAUGACGUCGGCUUCGUGAGCUCCAACGAGACCUCUUCCGACCGCCAGACCAGCGGCUUUGUCUUCUACGGCACCUUCAUCUUCGUCGAGAGCAGCACCGGCGGCAUGGAGUCCAUGUGGUAUGCCACGCCCAGCUCGGUCGACGGCAUCUACUCGCUCAAGUGGAACGAGAGCGGCGACGCGACGGAGGGCAAGGUCGUCCUCACGCUCAAGAAGACGCCGCCCUCCAGCGCCAGCAAGACCAAGACCCGUGGUGCUUGA